CAGCAAUUAUCAAACGUCGCUUGCUCGCGGCUCAUGAGGCCUGAGGCAACAACUGAUACACGCUAGCAUGCGCGAGUGGAUCCACCACUGUCCUCUACAGUACCUGGGAGGUCAUUUGAGAUACACUCCACCUUCGAACGUGAUAAGGAUCGUCAACUCGGCUACUUCGACUGGUCAUGGGCAACGAUGGAGGCAGUAUUCCAACUCGCAGAGAGCUCGUGAAAGAAGCUGCCAGAAACCCGACAACUGCGCAGCUCAAAGAAACUCGCCAGGAAAAGCAAGAAUUUCUCUGGACUACUGAUCCUAUCAGCAACCGUCCGCUAGAAGUGCCAGUGGUCUCGGAUUGCGCAGGCAGACUAUACAACAAGGAAACGAUACUCGAGUACCUCCUACCGUCAGAGGAUAGUCGUGGCAAAGAGGAAGCCGACAAGAUUUUGGAAGGGAGUGUGAAGAGUCUCAAGGAUAUUGUAGAGGUCAAGUUUGUGAUAGACGAAGACGAAGAUGCAGCUGGAGCAAACAACAAAGCAAAUAAGCCCCCAAAGUGGAAAUGUCCACUUACAAAUAAGCCCUUAGGACCAGGCGCUAAAGCAGUCUAUAUCGUACCAUGUGGUCAUGCAUUCGUGGCCGCAGCUAUAAAAGAGGUUUCUGGCGAGAAGUGCCCACAGUGUGAAGGACCCUAUGCAUCAAACGAUGUUGUUCCAAUCUUGCCGACCGAAGAGACGGAUAUUGCGCGUCUUCUUCUCAGAGAAACGACUCUGAAAGAACAGGGUCUAGCCCACUCCUUGAAGAAGCAAAGCGGUAGUAAGAAAAGGAAGAAGCAUGCCGACAAAGCUGAAGCAAAAAGCUCUUCUAUGACGCUGAAUGGCGAAAAGAAUUCCGGACACAUCAAGAACUCUGCUACGGCCUCUCUCACUGCGAAAGUCAUGGCCGAGCAAGACGAAAGGAACAAGAAAAGAAAAAUCAACCCCAACGAAAAUCUCAAGAGCCUUUUCACAUCCAAUAACAGAGCUUCAGGCAAGAACACUGAUUUCAUGACCCGUGGUUUCACCGUCACAGCACGCGACAAAUGAUGUCUGGACAAGCAUAAUAAUUUGAGCCAAAGAGCAUGGCCAAUACCAGGAUAUCAAAUACUGCUACAA